AUGAGCAGAACACUCAACCCCUUCACCUCGAAACGGCUGAUAUACCGAGCCGUAGAGGACAAUAGCGACGACGAAGACUUCAUUCACAAAAUUCAACGUGAUGCUCAGGCGCAAUCAGGCUCUAGCGCCUCCCUGCUCGUGCCGGAAAACAAAAAGUCGAGCAACAAGUUCAAGGAAUACCUGCUGGAACGCGCCCUCAUGAGCACCAUUGUCUGUCUGCCCGCCAACACGACAGACGCGACAGACGCCAAGCCCACGCCCAUAGGCAUUAUUGCUCUAAAGCACAUUGAAAAGGGCGGCGAGCAGAACCGCCACAGCUACAUCAGCAUCGACAUUCUGGACGGGUAUCGGGGCAAAGGCUACGGUGGCGAGGCCAUUGAGUGGGCGCUAGGCUAUGCGUUUCAAAUGGCUGGUCUGCACCGUGUCGGUAUCGAGACAUUUAGCCAUAAUACGGGAGCCAUGCAGUUGUACGAACGGCUUGGGUUUGUGCUGGAGGGGCGCAAGAGGGAGGAAAUCUGGUUCAAUGGCCAGUGGGAAGACUAUAUCACUUACGGUAUGCUGGAGAAUGAGUGGCGGGACAAGAUGAAGAGAGAGGGGAGGAACUGGAGAGAAUAG